GUAGCUUUCCUUAGUAGCUAGCCCGGGUUCAAAGAUUAUGUUCAUGUCCGUAAUCGUUGCUGACAUACGAUUCAUAGUGACUAAACAAACAAUGACUACUACAUAGUGCUACUGACACAAAAAGUGUACUUACAUACGAAGUGACGUUAACUGAAGUUGCUGCAGCAUCAUCAUGCUUCCCUUGAGAUUUUUUCGCGCAUCCAGGCGUAUAGUGCCGGCUGCAAGAAGUCUGUCAUCCGAUGUACCGUCGCUAGAUUUAUCUGUGGACAGCGAAGGCAUUGCUACGCUGACCAUGCAGCGAUUACCAGUAAACAGUCUCAAUCUUGAAGUUCUACAAGAAUUUGAUAAGGCCCUUGAUGAGGUAGAAAAGAUUAAGGCGAAAGGAUUGAUUAUUACUUCUGCUUCGUCUACUGUAUUCUCUGCUGGUCUAGACAUCAGAGAAAUGUAUAAACCGGAAACGGAAAGAAUGGCGACAUUUGCGUCUACUUUGCAAAAUCUUUGGUUGAAACUCUACGGUUCGCCCUACCCUACAGCUGCUGCUAUCACUGGUCACGCCCCAGCUGGCGGUUGUUUGAUCGCAAUGAGUUGUGAGUACAGGGCAAUGGUGAAUGGUAACUUCCGAAUUGGAUUGAACGAGACUGCGCUAGGCAUAGUGGCGUCUAGCUUCUUUAUAGACACCAUGCGCAGUGUCAUCUCACGGCGAGAGACUGAGCUGGCUCUGACCACAGGACGAAUGUUCUUUGUCGAUGAAGCUCUUAAGGUCGGCUUGAUCGAUGAAACGACGACGGAUAAAGCAGAUGCUAUAGAGAAAUGUAAGAACUUCAUCAAGAGAUUCGACAAAAUUCCUCCUUUAGCGCGUGGCCUUACGAAACAAAGAAAAAGAAUUUAUGAAAUGGAGCAUCUACAAAAUAAUUCAGCGGCUGAGAGAAAUGAGUCGAUACAUUUCAUUACUCAACCUGAAGUACAACAUUCUGUAGGAACGUAUUUAGAAAAACUAAAGCAAAAAGCUGCUAAAUGAUAAUGCAGAUCAUGCAUGCAUGACGUAUAUGUGCCAUAGUAUAAUAUGUACGGUCUACUUAGUACAUAGGUUUAAAAAGUGAUGUUAAAAUGGUUUCAAAUGAAUGUUUGUAAAUAUUUGUAUUAAUGCUCAACAAGCGAAAAUUACAGCUCUUUUUGGAUAAAAUUUCGAUUAAGUAUUAUAAUUAUCAGCGUUUCC